AUGGCUUGGAUGGAUCUGCUGUACACCUGCCACAAAAAAAACCAACCAAGAACAAACCCCAAUUUGACGGUGGACCUAGAGGGACAGAGGUCAAACACAUGCAUACAGGGAGACGUAGUGAGCGGUCAGGACCCGCUGCAAGGGGCGGCCCGACCGCAAACACACAAAGGUCAAUGCCGGGGACAGGGAACCGUGCAGCCCCCGCCUCGGGCCUACUCACUCAGCGCCCGACACAGGCCGCACUCGCCUCGCCGCGCCACAGCGGGCCCGGCGCUUCCCCUCAGCCACUCUCCCGGCCUGCUCGGCGGGAUUCCGGCGGCGCUCGGCAGCUCUCGGCACUCGCUCGGCAACACUCGGGCGGCGUUCGGCGGCGCUCGGAGCGCGCUCGGGAACCGCCGGGCGGCGCCGGGGCUUCGCUCGACAACUGUCGGUCUGCGCUCGGCAGACCCUCGGGCGGCGCUCGGGAAGUCCCGGGCGGCGCUCGGCAGCGGGCGGGCGGGCGCGGCCGGGGACCGCGGGUCGGGGCCCGGCCGUUCCGGACGCGCUCGGCGGCGGCGCUCGGGGGCCGAGCCCCGCGGGGCGCGGGCGGGGCGGGGCGGGGCGGGGCGGGGCCGGGCGGUGCGCGGUGAAGAGGGCGCGCUCGGGGCGGGGGCGCUGAUGGCGGCGGCGGCGGCGGCGGCGGCGGGGCCGCUGGUGCGGCAGUACGAGGGGGCGGCGCGGGGCCGCGGCGUGGCGGCGGACGGCUGGCGCGUCUGCCUGGCGCACCGCUUCGACAAGCCGUGGCAGCCCUACGGCGCCGGUGACGUGCCGGUCCGCCACGUCCUGAGGCACUUCGGCUUCAUCUUGCGAUACUUCAGGUGGUGGUACAAGAAGACCCUUAUACAGAAGAAACAUGCCUUCAUUGACCUCUUAUGUCCCGUUCCUCUGCAGCAGAUCUACGGGUGCCCGCUGGGCGGGAUUGGGGGAGGCACCAUCUCCCGUGGCUGGCGUGGCGAGUUCUGCCGCUGGCAGCUGAACCCUGGCAUUUACCACUAUGCAACAGUCAUGGCUGACCAGUUCACAGUGUGCCUGCGUUGCAAGGGGCAGACGAUUUACCAGCAGGUUUUGUCUGUGGAGAGACCAAACACUCUGCAGGGCUGGAACUGGGGAUUCUGUGGCAACUAUGCCUUCUACCAUGCCCUGUACCCCCGUGCCUGGAUGGUUUAUGAGCUCCCAGGACAAAACGUGGUGCUCACUUGCCGACAAGUCUCUCCCGUCAUCCCCCAUGACUAUGAGGACUCCAGCCUACCAGUGGGAGUGUUCAUCUGGGAGGUGGAGAAUGGAAGGGAUGAGGAUGUGGAUGUCUCCAUCAUGUUCAGCAUGCAGAAUGGCACAGGAGUGAAGGAGGAUGAGAGUGGAGGGCACUGGAAUGAGCCCUUUGCCUUUGAGAAGGAGGGCGAGUGCAUUGCUGGAGUCCUUCUGCAUCACUGCACACGUGCAAAUCCCUUCACCCUUGCUGUCUCUGCCCGGAAGAAGGCUGGCACAGAAGUCACCCACCUGACAGCAUUCAAUCCCCUGGGAUCGGGUAAAGAGGUGUGGCAGGACCUCCUGCAGGAUGGCAGGCUGGAUUCCCCUGAUGGUAAAAGCAACCCAACAGAGAAGGGGGAGGUGACGGCAGCAGCAGUGUGUGUCAGCUGCAAGGUGCCUGCCCGGGGGCACAGGACGCUGGAGAUGGCCCUGGCUUGGGACAUGCCCCAUGUUCACUUUGGAUCCAAGGAGAAGCUUCACCUCAGGCGGUACACCCGCUUUUUUGGCAGCGGAGGCAAUGCUGCUCCUGCCCUGUCCCAUCAUGCCCUGACACACUACAAGGAGUGGGAGAGGAAGAUUGAAGCCUGGCAGAAGCCCAUCCUGGAGAACAGCCAGCUACCUUCCUGGUACAAGUCGGCCCUCUUCAAUGAGCUGUACUUUGUGACGGACGGGGGAACCGUAUGGCUGGAGUUGCCCCAGGACUGCCGGGCCGAGGACCUGCAGGGGCCGGGUGGAGCUGGCCUCACCAACCUCCUGCCUGUCCUGCAGGAGUACGGAAGGUUUGCGUAUUUGGAAGGCCAGGAGUACCGAAUGUAUAACACCUACGAUGUCCACUUCUAUGCCUCCUUUGCCCUUGUCAUGCUGUGGCCUAAGCUGCAGAUCAGCCUGCAGUAUGACAUUGCUGUCACAGUGGUGAAUGAGGAUGUCCAGCCCCGGCAAUACUUGGUUUGUGGUAAGACAAGCCAGGUGAAAGUGAAGAAUGUGGUGCCACAUGACAUUGGGGACCCAGAUGACGAGCCGUGGCAGCGUGUCAAUGCCUACCGGAUGCACAACACGGCUAACUGGAAGGACCUCAACCUGAAGUUUGUGCUGCAGGUGUACCGUGACUACUACCUGACACAGGACUCCCUGUACUUGCAGGACAUGUGGCCAGUCUGCCAGGCUGUGAUGGAGUCAGAGCUGAAGUUUGACAUGGAUAAUGAUGGGCUCAUUGAAAACAGUGGCUUUGCCGACCAGACGUAUGAUGCAUGGGUGGUGAAUGGGCCCAGCGCAUACUGUGGUGGGCUGUGGCUGGCGGCCAUCUGCAUGAUGUGCAAGAUGGCAGAGGUACUGGGGGAUUCUGAGGCCCUGCAGAAGUACACGGACAUCCUGAGCAGGGGCAAGGAGGUGUUUGAAAGAGUGCUCUGGAAUGGAAAAUACUACAACUAUGACAGCAGUGGGAGUGAUACCUCCAGCAGCAUCAUGUCAGACCAGUGUGCUGGACAGUGGUUUCUUGGGGCCUGUGGCUUGGACCAGGCAGGAUUUGAGGUCUUCCCCAAGAGUCAUGUCGUCAGUGCUCUCAAAACCAUCUUUGAGAAGAAUGUCAUGGGCUUUGCUGGUGGCACCAUGGGGGCGGUGAACGGCAUGAGGCCUGACGGGGUGCCCGACACCUCCAGCGUGCAGUCCAACGAGGUGUGGGUCGGCGUGGUCUAUGCCUUGGCUGCCACCAUGAUCCAGGAGGGGCUGGUGGAGGAAGGCUUUCAUACGGCGGAGGGCUGCUACCGAACGGUCUGGGAGCAGCUGGGCAUGGCUUUCCAGACCCCUGAGGCCUAUUGCGAGAAGAAAUUGUACCGCUCGCUGGCUUACAUGCGGCCCCUCAGCAUCUGGAGCAUGCAGCUGGCCCUGGAGCGCAGGGCUGGGCGGGCGCCUGCACAGCCUCCCCCUGCCCCCAGCCGCCCCUGAGCCCACAGGCACUGCGCAGAGCAGCAGAGGCAUUGGUGGGGCCUCGGCUGCCCCGCAGGGUCUCUUCCCUCCACCUCAUAAUACUCACAUUGCUGUUUUCCUUCCCUACCUCCACCACAUGCCCUUCACCUCAGGGGGCUUCUGGCCACCCAUGCUGAGCACGUGGAGGGGCUAGAGCUGCAGUUGAUCUCUCCUCGGAGAGAAAAAGGGGAUAAAGAGGUUGUGCUGGAACCUGUUCCUCCCUUUCCCCAUCGCUCAGGGCUCUUGACAGCCUGCAGGAACCCCAGCCAUCCUCUGAAGCUGAGCCUUUGCUCCUGAGCACAGGAGCCCUCUCCCCUGCAGUCAGUGGCCUAGCUAAGGUUGAAGCUGGCCUGCAGGUUGAGAAAAAACCCAACCAGCAUAGGUGUAUGUGUGGAUGAGGACAUGGGACUGGUGCAGGCAGUUUAUGUGCAUUUGUGUGGAUGCUGUACUUUCUCCAUUUCUUGGCACUGCAUCAGCCCCAGGAGAGCCAGUGACAGAUACAAUCCCCAUGGGAGCCAUGGCUCCCUGCCCACUGACAAUCGGAGCCCAAGGAGCAAGUCCUGGUCUGGUACCGUGGCACCCCUCUCUGCUGACAUGUUUUAGAGGAUGAAUAAGUUCUUAAUAAAUUUGUCCAG